AUUAGCAUAUUGAGAUUAAAAUUUUUAGCAAUGUCGGGGCAGGAUUUUCAUUCUAAUAAUUUGAUGAGAUUGAAGAAUGUUAAUGCAGCAAAAAAAAUUAAAAAUGGUUCACCAAAAAUAAGAGAAAUUCUUAGACAGAGAUGUCGACAGCGUAUACUUGAAAGACGAAAUGACUUAUUUAUGAACCGUAGAUUUGCUAUAACAAACAAUAAUCAAGAAAUAAAUAAUGCUCUAAAAGGUAUUGUUCAUGAAGAAUUAAAAAAUAUAUUAUGUACUGAAAUUGCAAAGAUGCAAAAUAUUUUAAUUGAUAAAAAAGAGGCCUUUGCAACAAAAGAUCAAGUUUUAGAAAUUGAGGAAGUAAUGGAAGAACAAUGGAUGAUUGAGGAAUAUGACAAAAUAUUAUGGGAACAAAAACAGAUAUUAUCUAUGUUUGUUUAUGAUUUGUUAUGUCCAAUUUGUCUCAAACAUUUACUUCAAGAAAUUUCAAAUUUUGUAGUGUGUGAAUGUGGUUUCAAAUUACCUGUUCAGAUUGGUUUGCAAGGUUUAAAAGAAAAUAUUCAAACACAAGUUACUUCUCAUUCUGCAUCAUGCUUGGAUAUACCAAAAUUUUCAGCUUUUUGUGAAGAUGAUAAUAUUUCAUUAUAUUUUUCUUGUAAUUCAUGUAAUGUUUUUGCUUUGGUUUAAAAUGAUAGGAAAAUAUACAAAGAGCUAAAUGAAAUUUGAAUUAGAAUUACAAUAAUUCGAGAUAGUGAUAUAUAAU